CCCAUCUCUACUAUAACUGAAAAUUCCUAAAUCUGGACAUUUUAAAUGGUCUGAUAAGAGCUUUGAAUAAUUUGACUUUUUGAAGGCCUCUAUUUUUUUCUGAGAAUUUGGAACAGGAUUUGGAUUCUACUUGUGUACCACCUGAAGUUAUAAUGCCGUCCUUGCCUAAUGAAGGAGAUAAUCAAGGAACCUCUCGCCUGACUUUGAGUUCAGAACUGCCUUAUCAAAGCACAAUUAAAAGAAAAGUCAGAAAGAAGAAAAAGAAUGGAGUCAUCACUGCAAAUAUUGCUGGCACAAAAUAUGAAAUUGUUCGCUUAGUAAUAGAUGAGAUGGGCUUUGUGAAGAUGCGAGAUGAAGACGAAACAGCUAAUCUUAUAUGGAGUGAUUCUGCUGUGCAGCAGGAGAAGAUUGCUGAGCUCAGAAACUAUCAGAGAAUCAACCACUUUCCAGGAAUGGGAGAGAUCUGUAGGAAGGAUUUCUUAGCAAGAAACAUGACCAAAAUGAUCAAGUGUCAGCCUCAGGAAUACAGUUUUAUUCCUCGAACAUGGAUCUUUCCUGCAGAAUAUACACAGUUUCAAAACUAUGUAAAGGAGCUGAAGAAGAAACGCAGACAGAAAACUUUCAUAAUCAAACCAGCUAAUGGUGCAAUGGGGCAUGGAAUCUCUCUGAUAAGAAAUGGGGAAAAAAUACAAGCUCAGGACCACUUGAUUGUCCAGGAAUACCUUGACAAACCCUUUCUUAUGGAAGGUUACAAGUUUGAUUUACGAGUGUACAUUCUGGUAACCUCCUGCGAUCCAUUAAAAAUAUUUUUAUAUCAUGAUGGACUUGUGAGAAUGGGCACAGAGAAAUACCAUCCACCCAGUGACUCAAAUUUGAGCCAACUGUAUAUGCAUCUGACCAACUACUCUGUGAAUAAACAUAAUGAGCACUUUGAACGAGAUGAAACAGAAGAUAAAGGCAGCAAACGGUCCAUAAAAUGGUUUACUGAGUUUUUAGAAACAAAUCAUCUUGAUGUUUCCAAAUUCUGGAGUGAUAUUUCAGAACUAGUGGUGAAGACUCUCAUAGUAGCUGAACCACAUGUACUUCAUGCUUACCGCAUGUGCAGACCAGGGCAAGCUCCAGGAAGUGACAGUGUCUGCUUUGAAGUCCUGGGAUUUGAUAUUUUGCUGGACAGAAAAUUAAAACCAUGGCUCCUGGAGAUUAAUCGAGCCCCAAGCUUUGGAACAGAUCAAAAAAUAGACUAUGAUGUGAAAAAAGGAGUCCUGCUAAAUGCAUUAAAGCUUCUCAACAUACGGCCAAGUGAUAAAAGAAGAAACUUAGCUCAACAGAAAGCUGAGGCUCAAAAGAGACUUUAUGGUCAAGGCUCAAUGAAAAGACUAUCACCAGGUUCCUCUGAUUGGGAAAAACAGCGGCACACACUGGAAAGGAGAAAAGAAGAGUUGAAAGAGAGACUUGCACAAGUACGUAAACAGAUUUCCAAAGAAGAACAUGAAAAUAGACACAUGGGGAACUACAGGCGAAUUUACCCUCCUGACGAUAAGCUGUUACUUGAAAAAUAUGAGAGUUUGUUAGCCAUUGCUUUCCAGACAUUCUUAGCUGGGCGAGCAGCUUCACUUCAGCGAGAGAUGAAUAACCCUUUAAAAAGAAUGAAGGAAGAAGACAUUUUGGAUCUUCUGGAGCAAUGUGAACUGGAUGAUGAAAAACUCAUGGGAAAAUCCAGCAGGCAACGAGGACCCAAGCCCCUAUGUUCUAUGCCAGAAAGUGCACAGACCAUAAAAAAACACAAGAAUUAUAGCAGUGAAAGUAGCUGUGACAGCAGUAGCAACAUGUCGGAAUGGGAAGAAGAAACUGAAAAGGAAUAUCACAAUGAGAAAAAAGAAAAGAAAGUGACCUAUGAUCUUGAAGAAAAUAAAUAUAAAUCCUUAGAACGAUCUGGUAGGAUACACUGGAAGCCUUCCAAUAAAAAUAUGAAAAGUCUAUCAUAUUCAGCCUCCGCAUCCUCCAGAGGUCCUAUGAGGCGCUCAGUCAGCUGUCCCCGUUCAAUCUCAAUCGUAACUAUGCAUUCACAAGCUGAGCAACGUCCCUAUUCAGCCAAACCAGCAAUACACAUGCAGCGUCCAUCUUCUGGGAACAGGUCCCAUUCUUUAAAUCGGAAUGGGAGCUCCUCUUCAGUCCAAAUGGUUCAUCCAGCUAGCCUGGCCACUAUGCAGUCUUCAGGGAGCGAGUCUUUACUACAAGAGAAAACAAAAGAGCAAGAAGAGGCACUGACAAGAGAGACUCUGUUAAUUUUCAAUGACAUGAGACUAAAGUUCCUUGGAAAAACAGAAGAAGAGGCAGAAUUAAUCAUAGAAAAUAUCAUGGAUAACUGGAAGUACCAUAAAACAAAAGUGGCAUCUUAUUGGUUGGUAAAACUGGACGCAGUAAAGCGGCGAAAGGUUUUGGACAUAGUCAGGACAAGCGUUCGCACUGUUCUACAACGUGUCUGGAGGGUUUCGGACAUUGAAAGUUUACAUUUAUACUGUAUUUUUAACCGUGUGUUCAGUCGUUUGCUCUGGAGCCAUGGCCAAGGCCUAUGGAACUGUUUCUGUAAUUCAGGGAGCUCUUGGGAAACCAUAUUCAGUAGAAGCACGGAGGUGGUGACUCCUGAGCAACUCCAGUGUUGUCAGCGAAUAGUGCAGCUUUGUAAACACUGCCUGCUAGUGGUAUACAAGUAUUCAACAGAUUCAAGAGGAUCUAUGACUGGAUUUAGCCCCAAUUGGGAUGAUACCAGGUAUUUACUGCCAGGACCUUCACAGUUCAUCAUGAAAGUGCCAUCCUCCAACUUUAGCUGCAGUUCAUCUGGAAUGCCUCGCUCUAACAUUCUGUUUACACCCAGAUAUAACCACUUGUGAAAUGAAGAAAAAGUUGCCAUGCUUUUACUGGCAUUCCAUUCUUUUUGCCCAUAUAAAUUUGUGAUGGUGCUAAACAUAAGCACUCAUAUAUUUACUAUAGUAUAUAAGACAACAGUUAGCUGAAAACCUACUGUUAAAGCUUAACCUUUCUGGAAAUGUAAUAAACCUUAUUAAGUUGUUUACACAAAUAUGUGAAUGUCUAGAUCUUGCUAGGUUUAUAAGUAACUCCUUCCUACUAGAAAUGUUAUUUUUGCUGCAGAAUAUAUAAAAUGAAAUUGAUCUUGGAGAUCCUAUUACAGCAUUAGAUUAUUUUAUAGGUAUAGUAUCUUUGGACUUGAAAUAUUAUUUAUUGUAAAGACUACUGUUUAUUCUCUCAUAGACACAUUGAUCCUUUAUCAAGAUAGACUAUAAAAAGCCUGCUGUAGAACAGUAAAACAGAUGAAGCCAGUAAAUAUAAAUAGUCUGAUAAUUUCUGGAGUACGUUUUAAAAAACUGUAAAAAAGUGGUUCAAGUAUGCAAAUAUCUUUUUAUUUCCCUAUAAAAUUCACUAUUUCAGCAAUGAUGAUGCUUUGCAGGAAGGACAUGGUAAAGUAUCUUUUAGCUUAAGUGAAGACAAUCCAGCGUGCACACAUUUAAAAAUAUCAAUUGUGGCAUAUAGCAUCUAGUUGGAUCCUUAUAAUAAAUCAGAGAGCAAUGGUGGUUAUCAGAUACUCCCUCAUGCUA